GCCCGCUGUCCCCGCCCGCCGCAGGUGAGCCCGGCCCGGCCCCGCCCGUGCCUCCGCUCCUCCCCUCCGCCCUCAAACCCCGGCGCGGCCGCAGCCCGGCAGCCGCCGCUGUCCCAGCAUGGCCCCGCCGCUGCCGGCCCUCACCGCGCUCCUGCUGCUCUGCGGCUGCCUCUGCCCGCCCGCCCGCGCCGGGCUCCACUUCAGGGAGGGGCAGCACUGCUACCGCCCGGCCCCGCGCAGGGCGCCCGGCCUCAGGACCUACCCCCGCCCGCACGAGUACCUGGACGUGUCGGCGCUGCCGCAGAGCUGGGACUGGCGGAACGUGAACGGGGUGAACUACGCCAGCACCACUCGGAACCAGCACAUCCCGCAGUACUGCGGCUCCUGCUGGGCCCACGGCAGCACCAGCGCCUUGGCAGACCGAAUCAACAUCAAGAGGAAAGGGGCCUGGCCCUCUGCCUACCUGUCUGUGCAGAAUGUCAUCGACUGUGCUGAUGCUGGCUCCUGUGAGGGCGGGGACCACUCGGGGGUCUGGAGGUACGCGCACGACCACGGCAUCCCCGACGAGACCUGCAACAACUACCAGGCCAAGGACCAAAAGUGUAAGAAGUUCAACCAGUGUGGAACUUGUGUCACUUUUGGAGAAUGCCAUGUGAUCAAGAACUACACUCUCUGGAAAGUUGCUGACUAUGGGUCUGUCAGUGGAAGAGAAAAAAUGAUGGCAGAAAUCUACACUAAUGGACCAAUUAGCUGUGGCAUCAUGGCUACAGAAAAGCUGGAUGCCUACACAGGGGGGCUGUACACAGAGUACAACCCCUCACCCACAGUGAAUCACAUCGUGUCUGUGGCUGGCUGGGGCGUGGAGAACGGCACAGAAUAUUGGAUAGUUCGGAACUCCUGGGGUGAGCCCUGGGGUGAAAGAGGGUGGCUGAGAAUUGUGACCAGUGCCUACAAGGGUGGAAGAGGAGCAGACUACAAUCUGGCUAUUGAAGAGGACUGUGCAUAUGGAGAUCCCAUACUGCCUUGAUUCUACAUGGUACAGCUUUGUCUUUGGGUACUUUGGAAGCUUCCCAGCACAACCUCCUCUUGUUUAAAGAAUAAUAGCCCAAGCCUCCUUCACAGUUCUGAAAAAUUAGUCCAGAUGCAACACACAAUGCCAUCUAAAAAUACAGAACUGCCCUAAUUUUAUUUACACCUUGAAGUAAUUCACCCAUGAAGGAGUUGUCUACCUUGAUGCACAGUAUUAAAAUCACACUGAUUGAAUCACAGAACCUGUACAUGUAAAUAUCUAUUUUUUUAAAUACAAAUCAUGUAGAUGUACUGGAAAAGUGUACUCAAUAUUUGGGUCUAGAGCUUCUUUUAAAUUCUGUGACAGUACUGACCAAAUAUGUUGCAAUGAUGCAAAAGCCAUGAUAAGUCUGGACAUGAUAAAUCAAAAAUAUUAAGCCUUGUUUGCUUGACCUCCUGGUGAAACAGUGGUGUUGGAAUUGUUAAAUGAUGAAGUUGCUUUUAUCCACCAAAAUUAUAUAAUGGGAAUUACUUUAACCAAAAGACAGUCUAAACACUUCUUACUUGAUUAGCCUUGUCUUUGCUCAAAUUUCUUGCUUUAAUAUGUGACUGUGCCCUUUUUCUCCUAAAGAGGCAAAACGUAAAUUACCAUAACCCUGAACUACUCACUAAUAUUACAAAUCAGUGCCAUAUCAGCUGUUACUGCCUGACAUUGCUAACUGAUUUAAUAAACAGACUUUUUCUCUUA